GGGCGUGGCUCCCUGUCUGUGUUGUGACUUCUGAUUGGCACUUCUAUCUUCUCACUCUGUUCUGCUCUUACACUCCGGUUCUUUUUACUCUCGGAGUCCGAGCUGAGUCUCUUACCGGGAACUGCUGGGUUAUGAUGGAGACCAUUUUGAUCUGCUGGGGAAGUUUAUGAUCCUAAAAUUCACUCACUGCAGGCCUGCGUUCCCUCCUUUGUCCGUCUCUGCUUUUGUCAUUGACUUUGUGAAGAGUUGUGUUGACCCAUCAUGGAGUUGGAGAAGUUGAGAGAUGCUGAAGAUGAUUCCAUUAUGUUAAAUGGCAGCGUUUCUGACAGUCUUCAUACAGACAGGCUGACAUUAGAAGAUGGGGAUGACGCAGAAGAAUCCAUUACUCAAGAGCAAGAAGAAUUUCUACCCCACCCAGCAAGCCAGAAAGCUCAUUUCACAGAUUUUGAAGGGAAGACGUCGUUUGGAAUGUCGGUCUUUAACUUGAGCAAUGCAAUCAUGGGUAGUGGGAUCCUUGGAUUAGCGUAUGCUAUGUCUAACACAGGCAUUGUGCUCUUUGUAUUUCUUCUUGCUUCUAUUGGUCUUCUUUCAUCAUACUCCAUCCAUUUGCUCCUCAAGUGCUCUGGAGUUGUGGGUAUUCGAGCAUAUGAGCAGCUAGGACAGAGAGCAUUUGGAUCCUGCGGGAAGAUUUUGGCUGCUCUCAUCAUAACCGUUCACAACAUUGGUGCAAUGUCAAGUUACUUGUACAUCAUCAAGUCUGAGCUUCCCCUUGUGAUCCAAACCUUCCAGGGUCUGACCAAAAAUUCUGGGGCUUGGUACUUGGAUGGAAAUGUUCUGAUUAUCAUCGUUAGCAUCACCAUUAUUCUUCCUUUGGCACUUAUGAAACAUUUAGGGUAUCUGGGUUAUACCAGUGGCUUCUCUCUGACUUGUAUGGUCUUCUUCCUGUGCUCGGUUAUCUAUAAGAGGACUGUGAUCUCAUGCCCCUUUCAGCCACUGAACACCACCCUCACCGUCUACACCAAUGGACAUAAUGAAACCAUGUCUGAAGAUGAGGAUGUGUGUACUGCCAAGAUAUUCACCAUCAAUUCCCAGACGGCAUAUUCAAUCCCUAUUGUGGCGUUCGCGUUUGUGUGUCACCCUGAAGUCCUGCCUAUAUACACGGAAUUGCGCAGAGCUACAAAGUCUCGGAUGCAGAAUGUGGCGAAUGUAUCCAUCUUUGCUAUGUUUGUUAUGUACCUGUUGACGGCGAUCUUCGGUUACUUGACCUUCUAUGGUAAUGUGGAGUCUGAGAUGUUACACACCUAUAGUAAGGUUGAUCCCCUGGAUACACUGAUGCUUUGUGUUCGUCUUGCCGUGUUGGUUGCAGUCACUCUCACAGUUCCGGUGGUUCUCUUCCCGAUACGAAGAGCAAUCCAGCAGCUGAUUUUCCCUGGGAAAGAUUUUAGGUGGUGGCGCCACAUUGUAAUCGCUAUAUGUUUAUUGGUGGCAGUCAAUAUUCUUGUCAUCUUUGUUCCCAGCAUCAGGGAUAUUUUUGGAGUUAUUGGAGCAACCUCUGCCCCCAGCCUGAUCUUUAUCCUUCCAAGCAUCUUUUAUAUCCGCAUAGUUCCCAAUGAAAAGGAACCUCUCUUUUCACGUUCAAAGAUUCAGGCUGCCCUGUUUGCCUCUCUAGGCUUCAUCUUCAUGAUCAUGAGUCUGACUUUCAUAAUUGUGGACUGGGUGACUACCGGGAAGAGCAGUGCUGGUGGUCACUAACCUCCCCUACGUCCCCUCUCUCUUGAACAAGGACAUUGGGACAAUUCUCUUGGGUUCAUCUUGUCUGCUAAAGAUCAGAAUAAUGGAUCUGAUACUGAGAAUAGCUGGGAGAGGGGGAUAUCCAAUCAAAACAGAACAAAAGAUAAUCAACCCCACAAGUACUCCCUGCCCUCAGCUGCUGCAAAAUACUCUGGAGGAUCACACACUAUGAAAACUCCUGGUUCCUCUGUGUCAGUCAGAGCUGGAAGCCUACCACAGUGCCAUAUCUGUACAGGGAAUAUGGUGUGCCCUGCCUAAAUCAGUGUAUCUACCUCGCUGCCCACCCAUAGUAGCAGGGUAUAUCCGUGCAUCACACUGUUAGGUAACUACAGUCGGAGAGGACAGAACACUGUAUAGUGAUGCUAAGCACAUAUCUUGAUCUACCUUAAUCAUUUUUAGAAACACAGAAUAUAAUAUUGAUCCGAAACAAUGACCUUCGACAGGUAUGCUCUGUUGGUUGAGUGUGGUGCCUUAUUACACACAGUAGGAGAUAUGGGCAGUGCUAAUUAUUCAAGGGCUCUGUUAUAUGAGCACAUACUGGACUGUUACAAGUUUAUAGCUAUGCUUAGAGGUCUAUAGAGCAGCUGCCUUCUGCACUAAUCAUUAUUUGUCCUCCGUCCUAAUCACUGUGAUUCCUUCAGGAAAUAUUUGUCUAUAUUCUCUACUUUAUUGGAAUCGCUGCAUUGCCCCUUCUCUGUUAACACACUCCUGGCCGUGUCUGCCUUGAGUCCCGCAUGACCCAACAUCUGCAAGUCCAGAACACGCGGACUCCUCAUGAUGGACAAUGAAGUGGCAAAUAAAUUUUUAAAAAAAUGUUUCUAUAGCUCGUUAUUUACCAUGUACAGCUGAUAAAUGUGUUUCAGUGUCUGAUCUCA